GUGUUGAGACUCGGCGGUGUACGGUUAGGUCUAUGCGCUGUGGCGUGAUUACCGCAGCGCAUUUAAUGACUCCGACACACGUACACUCAAAUGUACAAACAUACAUACAAAGCAGCGUUUCCUGCAUUCUUAGAAUAGAAAAUUUACAUAUUCAGAAAUGAAUUAAAAAAAGAAAAAAUAUAUUUUCUAAAAUCGCUGCACAUUAAAAUUGAUGUUAUUUGUUACAGUAUUUUUAUUAAAAAUGAGCGCGCUGAUUUAGAAGAGCGCAGAGUUUAUUUCGCAGUCGAAAGUGCACAGGCACGCGUCGUGAGUCAAUAAUUAUACAAACGCAAAAAUAUUUUUUGUGAUAAGUACCACAUAUGUAUGUACAUGUAUGUAUAGGUGCUUGUGUGUAAAGAAAAAAGUGUCAGAAACGUGUGUUGUUGAUAAAUCGUACGCUGCAAUGACGGGAGCGCACACAAUCACGCUGAUCUUGACGUCCGUCUGAAAGUGUUUUCGUAAUAUUCGCAAACUCGUUUGUUUGUUGCUGUUGUUGUGACAUUGAUGCCGAUAUUGCUUGUGUUAUCAGCAUUGUUGAACACAUCGAUUUGAGGCAUGAGCACGGUUAGUAAUUUGCUUUUGUGUGGCAGUGCUGCGUCUUGCUGUUUGGGUGUGUAUGUUUAUAGGCGUGCUGCCUAUUUAUUAGUGACGCAUGUAAACAACAACAAGGUGAGCACAACAUAACACCACUACAAAGGCAGUGGAAGGCCUUACACCACUACAUAAACGACUUACACGCACACAGGUGCAUUAUACCACACACACAAACGCAAUUCUACACAUACACACGCGCAUUCAGGGAGAAGAGAGAGAGCGCGCGUUAACUCGUUCGCCGUUUGCUCAGCGUUGUAUACCGGCGGCGUCGACGCCGACGUCCAUCGCAACGUAAUUGUCUUUUGUCUUGCGCUGCCAAAUGCAAAAGCAGCGAGCGAAACCGUUUAAAUUGCGACUGUGCCUGCUGUACGUGUAGCAAAACGUUUUUCAAUUUGUGGCGAAAAAGACACACAAUACUCGAGUGGAGGAAGGACCUCAGCGCAAACAAGGAAAAAUAUUUAGUAAAAAUAUAAAAAUUUAUUAAAAAGUGAAACUUAUAUAUUGAAAGACAGAGUUAGUAAACUCGACAGUUUUCUAGUGCUAAUGAAGCAGACAACACACAACGGCGAAAGUAAACUAAAAGCAAUGUGCGCUUGCAAACACAAAGUGAACGCGUAAUAGAAAAAACAUUUUUACAAAUAUAAACCGAAUUUAUUUAAGAAAAAAAUCUAAGUAUCUUGACAGAGAAAGUGACAGCAAAUAAUAAAAAAUAAAAAAUAAUAAUAUUACAAAAGAUGUCUAAACGUAAAAUGUGCUAAAAAUAAAAGAAAAUUUUCUUUUGCAAUAUUCUAUAAAAAUUCCCGUGCAUCAAGGCAACAGUUGCGCAUUUCCGCUUCCGCUCUACGGUUUGCUGAAUUAAUUGCUUGUUACAGACCAAACUACGCGCAUCCUUAAGCAAGGCGUAAAAUUAGCCUAAAUUUCAAGUAUUAAUUAAUAUUUUCCGAGCAAAAGACAAAAAAGUCAAACAAAACGCAAAAUGUCUGUGCCAAUGCUGUUGACCCGUACAAACACUAGCACCUCCCUAGUAGGCAUGGAGCUGACCGAGGCGCUGCUGCUGGACGAGCAUAUAACAAGUUGCGCUUCGUACGUGGACGCAGCUACGAUCGUGAACGAACUGCUGGUUUUGGAAACUGCCGCGGAAACGACGCCAUGCACGCCGACGCUGCAGCAAUUCGCCGUAGAACUGUACACCGAUUUGGGUCCUAGCGAGCGCGUCGGUCUUACUGGUGACGUCAAGGCUUUGGGUGAAUGGCGUUUGGAGCGCGCCAUUGCAUUGGAACCACAACAGGGUGACCGCAGAUGGCAGGCCAAUGUGCUGUUGCAAACUUGUCGUAAUAUAAGUUACCGCUAUUUCAUUUAUGUGGAGGACAAGCAAGGUCGCAAGCAGAUACGUCGCUGGGAGACACGUCUACAGCCACGUGUGCUCAAGCCCGCUGGCGCUGAGUCGCCUAAUAGCGAGACGCGUAUUGAUCGCUUCGGUGAUGCCGAUGGCAGUGGUGAGACACAAGUGAAUCGUGGCUGGUUGACCAAUGAUUGUAUAGUGCAGUUGAAGUUCGAACGCGAACAAAUGUUCCAGGUGCUUGAUAUUGAGAAAUUCGACCCGGCCGAUGAAGUGUUGGUGAAGAUUUUGCCAUUGAAUGAGGAGGGCGAACCGACCGAGGCGGGCGUACAUGUUGAGGUGGCGAAAUUGAAAUAUGCGCAGAGUCAUUUGCAGCCGCAGCAAGCUUUCGGUAUUGCAUAUGAGCAAGGCGACAUUGUUGUAUUCCAUAUUACGGCGCCAUGUCCUUUACAGACCGCGUUUGCAAUUAUUUUCCACACACCUGAUCAGCGUCCAGUCGGCAAAGCUGUUAUUACAGCCGCACAGCUGGAGGGUAGCGAGGGUGUGCUGGAAUUGUCCAUCACCGAGCCGGUGCCUGAGGCCACCACCGUUAUUGCGCGUCUAACACUACCGUACCUGAUUGUGAAGCCGUUCGCCGAUAAGACGCUUGACUUCCGCACCACAUACGCGCACUACUGGCCCAGGAGCUGGCCGAACUUGAAUGUGGGUCAUCGCGGCAAUGGACGCAGCUACAUUGCCAAUCCGCCAGCCGAACGCGAGAACACGAUCGCUUCGUUUAUGCGCGCUUAUGAGAAAUUCGCUGACAUGAUUGAACUGGAUGUGCACUUAACGGCCGAUGGUGUGCCAGUCAUCUACCAUGACUUUGGCAUGCGCACAGCACCACAGGGUAAAAACAUCACGAAGGCUGAGCAGCUGCAGUAUGUGCUGAUCAAGGAUAUAAAUUACGAGAAAUUGAAGCAGUUGCGCGUGUUCGCCAUUAUCAAUGGCAAGCCAGUCGAAUUUCCAUCGCACAAUGCAGAGCCACGUGUGGAGCACCGCAUUUUCCCUACGCUAGUCGAUGUACUCGAGGGUUUGCCCAAGUCGUUGGGUAUCGAUGUGGAGAUCAAGUGGCCACAGCGUCGUGCUAGCGGCGCGCCCGAAGCGCAUCAGACAAUCGAUAAGAAUUUCUUUACUGAUCGUGUGCUAGCGACCGUCAUCAACCAUGGCUGUGGCCGUCCGCUGCUCUUCUCCAGCUUCGAUGCGGACAUAUGUACAAUGUUACGCUUCAAGCAAAAUCUCUUCCCUGUGAUGUUCUUGACCCAAGGUCAAACCAAGAAAUGGUCGCCUUUCAUGGACUUGCGUACACGUACUGUCGAACAGGCUAUCAAUAAUGCACAAGCCUUCGAGUUGGCUGGCACGGCGCCACAUGCUGAGGACCUGCUAAGCGAAGAGGGCGCGCAGCUUUUGCAGAAAGCACGCGACUUGGGACAGAUCUCACUGGUCUGGGGGGACGAUUGCAACUCCAAGGAACGCGUGCAGUACUUUGUGGAAAUUGGUGCGACUGCCACAUGCUACGAUCGCACAGAUCUAUACAUACCGGAAGGCAAGGAGCGCGCAUUCUUCAAUUCGUCCAGUCUCUUAGCAGAGUUUGAGGAGCAGUGCCUGCGCUAAGCGGCUCUGUAGUCGAAGGCGGGAGCAGUGAAGUGAUAAUGGGGUUGAAAUAAAACUCUGAAGGGAGGGUAAUUUAUAAGUGAUCGUGAUCGGCUUGCCGAUCGGAGCAAAGGGCGGGAGGUAUAUGCCGAGUUUUAUACGUGGGCGAUUUGAGUAACGGCAUUAUUCACUUUUAAUAGACUUAGCUAUAUUUUUUUAUAAAAGCUAUUCACAAAAACAUUAUAUAAAAUACAAAAAAAUCUUUAAGUAGUCCCAAUUAAAUUUUAAUUAGUACACACAAUUACACAUAUAAAUAAGCAAUAAUAAUAACAACACACAACAUAAUUUAAUGUUCAAAAUCGUAGAAAGAAAAACAAAAAAUACGCUUAAGAAAUAUGAAUUACAAAAGAUAUGAAAAAUAGUUCCGCUAAAGAAACGAAAAUACAAGAAAAACUUGGAACUGUUUUUUAUUUAAGUCGCCACUUGCGAUCAAUGCGGUUCGCUGGCGAGCGCUGGUCGCAAAGUGUGCGCAUGAGAAAUCCAAAGCAAAGUAUAAGGUACAGUAGCGUUGUAUGUGUUGGCGGCUAAACGGCUGCGCUACAGCUCGAGCGCCAGCAAGGAACUGUGGUGUGGCGGCGGUGACCCUCCCAAGCAGUAAGUAACUCUGCCCCUGAUACAAACCUACGGUAACAGCAACAACUCUUGAAAACAAAAAAAAACAAAUAUGAAGUGAGAGUCUGUUUGCCUGAAAUACAGGGUGGGCGUCACUCGAACUCCUAGGCCGAGUGGUGCUUGAGAGUGCAGCGUGCUAGUUAUGGACCCAUAUACAAAUUACUAUUUUACCUUAUAACUUUGGCAGUUUUUCUUUCAAAUAUAUACCUACUCUUUUGAAAUUGAACAAUUACGGUAGCUUAAAAAUUUUUUAUUUUACAAAUAUGAAUAUAAAAUUUAUUGUGAAAUUUUUUUUAUAGUUGUUUUUUGCAAUAAUGCUCAGGUGAAAUUAUAUUGUUAAGUUUUAAGUAAUUAUUUCUUCUUAAUUUACCUAAAUUUUUAUUUCACAUAUCGUACAAAUGCUUUGAGAUUUAUUGUAACUCAUAAGAAAGAAAGAAUUGGAAACUGUUUUACUUGUAGUAGUAAAAUUUUAUUAUAUUAUUUUAAUUUAUAUUUAUUAGACAAUUUUAAUAUAAAAUAUCAGUAAUAUUUUUAACUGAAAGACAUGUGACUUAUUACGCUUAUGAGAGUCUAGAGUAAUAUACCAAACUCCAAAUUAUAGAGCUAAGGAACUAGUUCUUGAAAAAGUUAUUGAUGAGAUUUAUUUUGCAUGAGACCGAAGUGUACCGGACUCAUGUACACGAGUUUAUUAUGGAUUAGUCGUGCCAAAAAUAUGGAUCACAAAGUCUUAAGCAUCUAAGUCUUAGCAUGGAGACAAAAUUAGUAUACCCCUACUUUUUAUGUAAAAUUUGGCUUUAAUAGUUUACUUAAACGACUUAUGAUCCUUUAAUAGCUCUGAAACCAUAUAAAGCCAUUAGAGAAUGUGAGAAAACUAUAAAUCAUACUAAGGAGAGAUCAAACACGGUGACAACUAAACAGCCUUUGAGUAAGCAAACAACUUAUUAAGAAGUGUAUAGUACUCAGCCCACUUUACUUGGAAUAUGAUUUAAAAAGAUGUUUUCCGAAACAAUGUUUCUAUACUCAGCUAACUUACUCCACUGAGUAAACAGCUAAUGAAAUUCAUGGAAUUUUAAAAGAAAUUGGGAAUCUUGAAAUGUGACUAACUGGCCUAAAAAGCCACAAUCAACUAAGCAACGAUAAAUAUAGUGCCAUCGGACUUAUUUUUGCACUGGUGUACAUAUUUUACUUUUAUCACCGAUAUAGCCCCUCUUAAGCUAUAAAGGAUUUUUCUCUGAAUACGUUCUUAAAUGUAUUCGAUUGAUAUACCGAUGCUACGUGACUAUAAAAAGCGAAUGACAACAACCGAUUUCACGAAAGCCAUUUUUAAGACUCAAAAUUGAUAAGGUUGUAAUAUAAAGAUCUAAGCAAAUAAAUAAUGUGAAACAGAUGGAAGCAAAUAUUCGAAUAACUGCGACGGAAAAAUACCGCAAAUAUAUGUAUUUCCAUAGGUAUAGUUGAAAACCUUAUCGCGUUUAGAUCGACUAAUUAAUCAGUUCGCACAUCAAAGGUCACCGAAGAUCAUACUUCCAUUGCUAUGACAAAUUGCUAACAGUUUAUAUAUUUAUUGAUGAGAGUAGUAACUGAUAAUUAGAAGAACUUUCUCAAAAAAGAAAAUAUUGGCAUAUGACAAAUACGAAAGAGUAUGACUAAACAUUUCUGGAAUUAAUUUGGAAUCAUUACGAGUACUAAAGGCUAAUUGAAAAUUUCUAUCCGUUCUUUAACAAUAUUGGCUAUAUAACAAAGUUGACCGAUUACACUGAUAUUGUGGCGGUUCUGUUCCAAAAGAAGUUGGGUUUAGAAAGACAGACUGCCGAGUUAUCAGAAAUUUUGCAAAUUAUUUUGGCAUAGUUUUUUUACCGUUAUAAUAACCGUAAAUGUCUUGCAUUCAACUAUUCCAGCCUUUUGUGCUUCUAAUCGCAAACUAAGUGACGAUAUGGGACUAAGAUAUGGUCAGCCUUUCAGUUAUGAUAGAUAACCAACGAUAAUGAGACACAUGAUAUUCGUUUCGAAAGUAAGUUCAUAAUAUUGUACACUUCAUAAUAGAUACCAGUGCAACAAUCUGGGCAUUUUAAAGAUCACCAAUAAGUAUAACGGAAAAUUAAAGACAUCUAAUUAAUGGAAAAUUUCGACGAAAUACUUAGUUGCAAAGAUUUUCUUGAAGAAAAGCACGGACUUUUCUUGAAGGCGUAAACAGUUUUAGUGACAACUUUUAUUAUUUAUAUGUUCAUAGGUAGAUUAAUAGGAAAAUUUUAAUUUUUCAUAGGAAAAUAGGAUAUGUUUUAGAAUUUUUUAACGAAAAUGGAGUUUUCAAAGAAAACUAAUGGAACUAUGAUUCAAUUAUUGAUUGUAUCGUUAGCACAAAAUCAAGAAAUGUUUUCGCUCUUGCUGUUAAAAUCGUGCGGAAAGGAAAAGGAAGGAAUUUUUAUUAAAAAAUAUAUAUUUUUUAUAUGAAUAGCCUGUAUGAGACCAAAAAUCAGCAAUAAGUAUGAAAAAAGGCUUGACACGAAUAAUGAAUAGAUAAUUUCCUAUGGUAUUUUCGUAAAAAUCUAAAAAUCUAAAAGAGUUUAAAAAUUUUACUUUUGCUUGUGUUUGUAAUUAAUGCUUUCUAUAAAACCUAUGUGGUAAAUAUUUCGAAAAGUUCAUAGAUUUAUUUUUAAUGAAAUUUUAAAAUUUAAGCAUAUUCCAAUAUUUGAAAAAAAUUGACAAUAAGAAGCAAAGCUUAAAAUAAUCUAUGGGGAAAACGAUAUUAAUAUUAUUUCUGUGAUUACUUCACAAAUAUGUGAAAUAUAUGUAUAUACCUAUAUAAUAUAGAAAAUAUUUCAGACUUUCGGACACAACGGCAAUAUAAAUCAAUUUAUUUCCAAUUAAAAAAUCAUGACAAAAAGCUUACUGAAACAACUGGAACAAUUUUAAUUACUAAAAAAAAUAUGAAUAAAAUAAUAUUUUCUAUAAAAUGAAUUUUAAAAUAUUUUCUAUAAUAAUAGUUGCAUCGUUAAUGUUUUGAAAAUAAUAAGCAUGAGACUAAAAUAUUAUUGAGCAAGGCGCAAUAUGGGGUCGGCCUUUGGAAAGCAAAAAAACUAGAGAGAUAAGUUUUUUUUUAAUAGAAAUUAUACACUUGCCUUGUAAAGUACAAGUACUCAUAGAAACUUAAAGCAAUUGCACAUGUGUAUUUUACAUAAUGGGGGUGAAAUAAUUUUGCUGAGAAUUUGAAGCGCGUGAUAAACUUUAUAAACCCCCUUGAGUGCUUAUACGUAUUAUUUGUUAUAAUAAAAAACUUUAAUUGCUAAAAGAACGCAAUAGAAGGUUUAAAUAUAAAAAUUUUGUUGUAUUAAUUAAAUUGCCACUUUCUUCAUUUAUCUGAGUCACAAAUGUGUAUACUAAAAUUAUUAAAUAUUGUUAUAUAUAGAAGUAAAUUAUAUUAUUUAUUAAAAGUGUCAGUAGAAACUGCUUUAACGCAUGUACCUGUAAACAAAAGAGAGGCUUUAAAAAAUGGAAGAGCAGUGCUCACAAAGAAUAUUUACCAAUCACUCAAAAAUUGAGUUCAAUAAAAAAAUUCAAAAGUA